UGCUCUGCGGGGCUCACCUGCAGCCGGGCCUGCACACACUGCUGCAGCACGGUGCGGGCCACCGGAGCACCGCCCUCCUUCACCGACAUCCCGCUGCACCGGGGACCGAACAAACAGCUGCAGUCUGACGUUGUCAUGGUUUCGACGUUCAUCGCGUCAUCACUUCCUUCCUCGUGCAUCGAUCAGCUGACUGAGCGUCACAUGACAGACAGGGAGCGCUCGCGCUGUAAACAGUCUGUCCUCUUCCCGCCACGCAGCAUGUCUCCGCGCGCCUUCGUGCUCGGUGUUCUGUGUGUGUUGUCUCCGGUACCGGUACCGGCGCACACACACACUCUGAGUCUGGACGGUAAAUGGACUCUGACGAACUCCAACGCGUCACUGAGCUUACCUGCACAGGUGCCCGGAAGUGUUCACACAGCUCUGCAGCAGCAGGGAUACAUCCAGGAUCCGUACUUCAGGUUCAACGAUGUGUCUUAUCGCUGGAUCGCCUUGGACAACUGGACGUACACGGUCACGUUUCCGGGCUCCCAGCUGAGGGACAGACAGAAGGUGCUGCUCGUCCUCGACGGCGUGGACACGGUAUCGACCGUUCAGCUCAACGGGAUGGUCGUCGGGAAGACGGACAACAUGUUCCGUAGAUAUGACUUCUCCAUCAGAGACUGGCUGCAGGACGGAGACAACGAGCUGAAGGUCAGCCUGCUGUCUCCGGUUCUUUACGCGUCCGAGCGGAGGAACGCUCACUCGGCCUACAGAGUUCCUCCUGAGUGUCCUCCAGACGUGCAGAGAGGAGAGUGCCACGUCAACUUUGUUAGGAAAGAGCAGAGCUCUUUCAGUUGGACGGGUCCUUCGUUUCCCACCAUGGGACUGUGGAGAGGAGUCCGUGUGGAGGCGUUCGACGUCCUGCAGCUCAGCCAGCUUUCCUCUGUCCCUCGUGCAGACUCCAGCCUCUCUCAGUGGACGGUCCAGGUCCAGCUUCUCGUCGACGUGGUUCUGAAAACAAGUGGACAGAUCACGCUGUCCAUACCUGAGCUGCACACGGAGCACACCUUCAGCUCACAGUUUGUCCCGGGAGAGACCGGACUCAGCUUCAGCGUCCACGUUAACACGAGCAGUCAGGUGAGGCUGUGGUGGCCUAACGGACACGGCGAGCAGCCGUUUUACCGACUGUUAGUCCGAGGUUCCCAGGAUGGAGUUGUAAUCCUGAGUACAGAAUCAAAGGUGUACUUCCGCUCAGUAGAACUGGUCCAGGAGCCGAUAGUCGGGUCUCCAGGACUGAGCUUUUAUUUCCGCAUCAACGGGAAACCGGUUUUCCUCAAAGGCUCCAACUGGAUCCCAGCACACUCCUUCCAGGACCGAGUCACUCCUGCUGUGCUGAGGAACUUGCUGCAGUCGGCCGUGGACGCCAACAUGAACGCUCUGAGGGUUUGGGGAGGAGGAGUGUAUGAACAAGAUCUGUUCUAUGACAUCUGUGACGAGCUGGGCGUCAUGGUUUGGCAGGACUUCAUGUUCGCCUGUGCGAUGUAUCCGACCGAAGACGACUUCCUACAGACGGUCCGAGAAGAGGUCGUCCAACAGGUUCGGCGCCUCGCGUCUCAUCCCUCCGUCAUCAUCUGGAGCGGGAACAAUGAAAACGAAGCUGCUCUGGCGACGGACUGGUUCAACAUCCCGGCGUCUCAGAGGCCGACGUACGUGAAGGACUACGUGACGCUGUAUGUGGACAACAUACGAGCGAUAGUUCAGCAGGAGGACCAGACUCGCCCCUUCCUCGUCUCCAGCCCCACAAACGGGGCGGAGUCGGAGCAGGAAGGAUGGGUGGCAUCGAACCCGUACGACCCGCUGUACGGGGACACACAUUUCUACAGCUACGUCCAGGACUGCUGGGACUGGAGGACUUUCCCUCGGACUCGCUUCGCCUCCGAAUACGGCUUCCAGUCGUGGCCGUCUUUCUCCACACUGCAGCCGGUUUCCAUAAAGGAAGACUGGAGCUACGACAGUGACUUCGCCUCGCACCGUCAGCACCACGAGGGCGGGAACCAGCAGAUGUUACAGCAGGCUGCUCUACACUUCCACCUGCCCAGCUCCACCCAGGCCUCCAGCAGGUUCACACACACUCUGUACAUCACUCAGGUCAUGCAGGCUCAGUGUGUGAAGACGCAGACCGAGUUUUACCGGAGGAGUCGCAGUGAGAUCAUCGAGGGCAAAGGUCACACGAUGGGCGCCCUCUACUGGCAGCUCAAUGAUAUCUGGCAGGCGCCGUCCUGGUCGUCGCUCGAGUUUGGUGGGAAGUGGAAAAUGUUGCAUUAUUUUGCGCAGGACUUCUUCGCCGCCGUCCUUCCUGUCGGCUUCGAGGACGAUGACACGCUGUUGGUGUACGCCGUGUCAGACCUGAGUCAGGACCUGCAGCUCAGAGCUGUGGUCACCGUGUCCUCAUGGGCUGAUCUGGAUCCAGCGUGCACGCUGAAGUCCGACCUGCUCCUGGUCCCCGGAGGCAGCGCCGUGCCCAUCUUUAAGCAGCCAGUCGCCGCCCUGCUGGCAGGAUGUGGACGCUGCACCCGCCUCACCUGCCUGCUCACCUUUCACCUGGAGGACGACAGCGGCCAGCAAGGUCCCACCAACCACCACUUCCUGUGCUCACCCAAAGAUGCUGAGGGGCUGCAGAGACCGAACAUCACGGCCAAGGUGCAGCAGGAGGAGACGGGAUACUCUGUCACGCUCCGCUCUGCCUCCGUGGCUCCGUUCGUGUGGCUCGACAUGGGAGCCGUCCCCGGACGCUUCAGCUCCAACGGCUUCCUGAUGCUGUCCAGGAACAGGACGCUCACCUUCAGCGCGUGGCGUCCAACCAGCGUGGAAGAACUGUCCAGAUCACUCACCGUCACGUCUUUAACGGACCUGUACUGACCUGAAACCAGCCGGAGGACGUGCAGAGGCUGCAGCUCGUCAUCUUUAGAUGAUGAACAGACUAACGAACACACACGCAGAGGAGUUUCCUGGUUUAAUUAGAUCAGAUUUUAUUUAUUUGGCUUCAUGUGAUUAAAAAAAACAACCCGUGAACAGGAAGUUCAUAUCAGCUGACACAAACAAACACCUCGUUAAUAACACAUGAACUCCAGUUUAAUUAUUCUGACUCAUAAUCAGGAAGAUCUAGUGAAAGCAUUGAAAGUAUAAACAGUGAGUGUUUUCUGAAAUAUUAAAGUCUGUGCAGACUGGACAUACAGCUGUCCUGACGACGUUAUGUAAACGUUACAGUAACGUUCUCUCAGAGAUGAACACAUCACCUCACUGUGCUGAUUGAAGUUGUUGAUUGAAGCUUUAAAUGAAGUCUGAAACUAAACAAGCAGUAAAAAAGGAAUUAUGUUUUAUGCAAAUAAAAACUAAAAUAAAUAUAUUUAUAUAAUAA